AUGAAGAUGGGAUUAAAAAGAGAAUUUUUUCAUGAGAAGAAGAUACAGAAGUUACGUGUGUUGCUGGGUUUAAGGUGCUGGAUCGAAGCUAGAGCAGGUGGUCUUCAUGGAAAAAACGAUGAGUUUGUGGUUGCUGUGGUAACACAGGCGUUGUUGGUGAUUGAUGGAGUUACUGUCAGGGUCCAGGGAAGUUGUUGGUGUGGUUUGAACCCAAAGAAGUUGUUGCUGAGUGCUGUUGAUCCGAGAACUGUUACAGGGGAACAGAAGUGUGACAAAAGAAUGUCACAGUUAAGUGUUACUGAUGAAUUGCUACAGAAGCUUAGCAAAUCAUCUCGGUCACAGCUUGACACAAUUACGAGAAAUGCAGACAUGAACAAAGAGCUAGAAACUCGUAGGAGGUCUGGAAUUUUCUCAAAUCAAAACAAAGAGAAAUGCUGGAUUGAUAGUUCUGGCCGCAACUGCUUCAUGCUGUUCCCAAGGAGUUUGAAUAUCACUUGGGGGAACGACACUAAUUACUGGACAUGGCUUUCAACUAUAGAGCCAUCAGCAAGUGAUGCUGUGGAGAUUGAAGUGUCUGAACUUGUUAGGGUGUGCUGGUUGAAUGUGCAUGGGAAACUAGACACGUCAAAACUAAGUCCUGGAGUAAAUUAUGAGAUUGUAUUUGUCGUGAUGUUUCAAAAGACGAGUUACGGAUGGGACGUACCUGUGAAUCUUUGGCUAGAACUCUCAGAUGGACAAAGACUAGUCCAGAAUGUGAACUUGGAAAGCAUGCCUAAAUCACAAUGGGUCGAGAUUUACGUUGGAGAAUUCGAAACACCACAACAUCCUGGUGAUCAACAAAAAGAAAUCAAUUUUAGGCUGUUUGAAGAGGAAGUUUUGGACUGGAAAAAAGGACUUGUCGUCGAAGGAGCCAUUGUUCGACCUAAGAAAUAAAUAUAAGGCUG